AUGAACACUGUCCGCUUGUGUUUCCUAGCCAGCGCUGCCAUCUGGUGCGCUUCGACUGCCUCGACAACCAGCCCUGGAGUACUUUCUCUGAUCGUCAGCGAUCUACCUGGAUACCACCUUCCUCUCUAUCGACGUGGUGGCCGCCACAGUGUGCAUCAGCCUUUUAACAUUACCAAUAUCUAUGCACAACGAGAACACGCCGAGGGGAGGUACGCCAGAGUAUCGACAGAAGCUGAUGGAAAUACGAUCGAGCGCCACUGGCGAAACGGUAAAGACGGGGUGGAUGAACAUCUGCUCAGUGGUGCUGGCGCAGCUGGUACUUGGUAUACGACAAUACAGGUGGGGAAACCGCCACAAACACUAGAGGUGGAUAUCGAUAUGCUCAACCCUGACUUCUAUUUGAUCAUGACGACAAGUGGGCGAGGGUCAAAAUACAAUACCUUUGGCAAUGAGGGUCAUGCUCCCUCCAACAACUACGUUCAUCCUAUAUGUCGUACACCAACAGAUGUCUUCCACCUACGAUCGUCCGCAAGCUCCCCCAUUCGCCUCACCGUGCCGGUCUGUCAACCCGGUAAGUACUCUUCCCACACUCUUGCAAGUAGUGGAACCAUCCUCGGCCUAGCACCACCGAGCUCUUCACGCCCUCUGUCGCGACUCUCAAAGACCAAAACUCUCCUCGAGCAGCUUCAAGACGAAAACCUUAUUGAUCACAAUAUCGUGUCGAUUGCCCUCUUCGACAGCACGACCGGUGUGCUCUCCUUAGGAGGCACAAUCGCUGCCCUUGUAGAAGAGGUUAGGAUUCGAACUGAAAAGGAAUUGACAUACCUUGACCGUUUGGACAUCCCCGAAGAAAGAGCUAAGAUGGAAGCAGAGAUAGCUGGGUAUAUGUUUUUCGCCAUGCCGCCAGGAAGCACACACAAAGACCAUUUCAAAUGGGUUGACACUAGCAAUAUGGUGGCAGGAUGGCAUCAGGCUCUCAUGACUGGGAUAUGGGUAAACGGUGUCAAAGUCCUUAAAAACCAGCCUGUACUAUUUGAUAUCAAUUGUCCCUUCAUCAUAGCUCCUGCAGACGCUGCACAGACUUUCUACGAGGCCACUCCUGGCAGUAGAUUGCUGAGCAGCUUGAUAGGGGACGCCGAGCAGCAAAAGCAAGCUCAAGGGUUCCAGGUGGUUCCGUGCUUGAAUGAAGUCAAGAUCGAAUUCGAGCUUGCAGGUUGGCGCUUUCCAUUUGGUCGAGGAGAAGCAAGAGAGGAUGCAUUGUUCGGACCAGUAGGUGGCAGGUUCAGUUUAGGUCAGGUUCACAUUGAAAGUGGCACAAACAGUAGUGACGAAGCGGUAGAGACGGGAUACUGCGUUGGGAUCGUGAUUGGCAGCACCAUGGGAAUCAGGCAGGACUGGUCACAAAGUGCGAUGCGCAAUGUCUGGGUUCUCGGCGAGCCCUUCUUUCGGGAUACCGGAGUAGUUUUUGACAUGGGAGACAAGAAGGGGAAGGGUGCAAGAAUUGGAGUCCGUGUAUUCUGA